AUGACUUCUCAACACGUCCCUUCGGCUCGAAACGAGUUCACAGUUGUUGUGCCAAUGGCUGUACAAGCCUUGGUUGUUGCUCAAGACUUCCCUCAGACAUCAGCUCAAUUCGCUCCUCUUAUCGAACCUGACUACGCAACUCUACUUCGGCAUCCCAAAGCUGGAGCACCGGUUCACGGUCUAAUGGACGACUUGGACCUAUCAUACUGGCGUAUGCAAGCCAGGUAUAGCUCGCGCUUCAUCAGCCCCAUCACAGGGGAGAUGCGUCCUGAGCGCUGCGGUAUCUACCUGUCUUGGUGUCUCCCGCGACUCUACCGCACGUCUAUCACGGCAACAGAGAGCGCCUUGAUUGGAACAUCAGAAGUUCAAGGUAAUGGUAUGCAGCAGUGGGAUUCUCGCAGGGUUCUUGCAGGCUUUAAGUGUCAUGUUGAUCCGCAAGCUCAGUCAACCCAUGAUCAGUCUGUGCAGUUCCGUCCUGCCCCAGAUCGCUGGAUAGUCACCCGCAAGGUCCGCGGUAGCCCAAGUCUGACCAAACAUAUUCUGGUUGAGAGUAAUUGCAUCCGUACAAUAAAUAUUAGCGAUACGGAUAUGGCCGAAGACUUUGAAUCGACAACCUGCCCUGCCAUGGACCCUUUUAGGACUUCUAGGACGGUUGAAGAACAGCUCCUGUUGCGAAUGGGACGAUCCAGGCCGCUCACAGCUGAACCUGAGGAGGUGGCCCGGGAAGAGUUUUGUGAACCGUUCAAUGCCUUUGAGCUGGGGCAUGAGUAUUUUGCUGAUUAUGCGCCUCACAAUAUGGGAGUUUUCACAUAUUUUGACAACCUUGAUGGAAUCGACGAGGAACUGGUCGACUAUUCCGUCAUUGGUUUUCAUUCUUGGCCUAAGGAGUCCGACCCAUUCACCUUUAUCGACGCUGAUAGAGUUAUUGGAUACGACAAUGCCAACGAACCUAUCUCCAUCACUAACAAGACUCUCCUGGACGCGCUUCAUCUCAAGGUCGACCAAGAUUCGUCCGUAGGCUCUGACUUUGCACGCUCACCGGCGACUGUUGGUGGACGCACUCUCACCCAGGGCAUCUUACGGAAUGUUAGAUGGAACCGAGCCGAGUCACAAGGUCUCCGCUGGCCUGCCGCUUCACUACAGCGAGCUAUCUCUGCAGAGCAGCCUAUCGCUAUAGGCACACACAUGCUGGAUGCCCUCGAAGCGUAUCUCCAUCUCGCAGUAGGUCGCAGUAGCUCAGUACAGGCCACUACACACUCUGGUUUGUCUCAACUUGCCAUGCGCAUCUUUGCUGACAAAGAUGAUCCUGACUCCUUGAGGAAGGCUGCUGAAGAUGCCGCGUCGCAGUCAUUUUUAGCCAGGCCCCAGGGCAUAGUCUGGGUCUUUCCAAAGGACGAUGCGAAAGAUGUUUCUCAGGAAAAUGAAAUGAGCAAAGUCGUGGCAACUCUCGUCCCUAGAUUAAACAUCCUCAACCAAGGACAGCUUGUCCUUGACACUUGCAUUCGAGAACGCAAGCAGCUUAUGCAAUGUCUCUUCAACUGCUGGUGGAAUGCAGCAAGUCUUUGCAAUGUUCCGUCAGACAAGCAGCAACCAUUGAGAAACAAGAUUCAACAGGAAUCUCGUGACAUUGCGAAACGCCUAAAAGAGUUGAGCGGUUGCUAUAUUACAAACUAUGACAAAGUCAACAGUUCGAAGAGCGAGCUCGAGGCGCUUCUUCCUAGAAGCAAGAAACUUGAAGGAGUUCCCACGAAUCCUUUCGGCCAGCACCAAGAUCCAAAUGUACUCGUCGCAGGCGCCAAAUCCGGCUGGCCAAAUAACUUCAAUGAUGUGCUGCCUGUACGAUUAGCCGCUGAGAUAUGUCCAGAGGCCACUCACUCCACCGUCUACCCCGAGGACUGGCUUGAGUAUAAGCUCGGCAACCUAUCGGCACCUGUGACAGCACUUCUACAAGAGCUCGAUGGCCCCUCACCAAGAGGUGCGCAGAAUCCUUACGUAGAUUUCGAGGACAUGAACGAUACACAAGGCUGGUUUCCUUUGUUCGUUGAAUGGCAACUAGAAUACUACCACGUACCCUUCGAGCGUUGGCGACUAGAAAGCAACCAAGAUACCGGACGGUGGCGAUACGUCAUUCCGACUGAUGGCGGAGUCUCACUGGCGGCAGACAGCGCUGUGGGAAAUGAUAUGCGUGUCAUAACAGGACGCACAGAGUUUCUUCCAGAACCUGGCAAGUCGCUCCAAGCAAGACUUGAGCAGUUAUUCUCUCAGACACCGGUGAGCGGCUCUGGAGAUGAAAGACGACGAGACGAGAUGCUCAAAGCAGUCGGAGGGCUAGAAUACUUCUCUGCCAGCCUUUCUGGUCUUUCCGAUCAUCUUGUAACCUUACGACGGGGUCACCACCCGCGCCCAAAGGCAGAUGAUAACAUCGUCAAAUCCGUUCUCGGCAUUGAGGCGGACUUUCUGCAGGAGCUGGAGGAAAAUGGCCCAGCAGACUUGGCACCGUAUGGCCUCUCGACACCGCUGGCUCCAGAGUACACGAGCCAAUUCAGCCCCUUCAAGCCUGUAACCCACGGUCAAGCUCGCUUUACCAAAUUCGCAAUUGUUGAUAAGUUCGGCCAGGUUGUGUCCGGCAUUGGUCUAGGGCCCGAAGGUGACGGUGCAAUGUAUCCGAGCAUCUCACCCAGUCUAUCUUGCAACGUCCUUCCCGUGCUGAAGAAUGAGAAUCCGUCUCUCUACUGGCCCAACACCGUUGUUCAGGCUGAGAGAGCUGCCGGAUCAUGCCAAUUCUUCCAAAUUCCACCGCGAAUAAAUCAGCCAGCGCGACUCAACACUCACUUCCUCAAACCUCUUACCAAUGAGAAUAUACAAAGCUCGAAGACUCUUAUCAGACAGGUUGCUACCGAGUGGGAUAACCCAAUCUGGGCGUGGGUACUACCAAACUUCCACAAUCACAGCAUCCAAGUCUACGAUCCAGAAGGAGAGUUUGUCAUCGAGAUGCUGCUCCGUAAAGGUACAGUGACACCAUCUGAUGGACCUAACAAGGCUAUUAUCCGGCCACCUCCGACUGGAAGACUACCAAUCUUGGUAGCUGCGCUCCGGGAUCCUGAGACGUGUUGGUCUCUCUUCGAUAUGCUCGCCGGUGCAAGCGACAACAUGUCAGCUACAGGCGCCGAUUUUGACCAGGCUCUACCAGCUGCUCUUGGACGCCCUUUCUGCAUUGCAGAUGUUGGUGUAUCUCUGGAACUCAGCGCGCCGCCGCUGAAGGAUGCUUCUCUGUUGUCCUGUGUAAAUCCCGAGCGCAAUCUAAGUGAUUAUAGCUUCCCUGUUGCGCUAGGGAAUCACCAAGCUGCAUUUGACGGGUUGGUUGGCACCUUUUCCUCAUCAGGUGACAUUGGCAAGAUUGCUUCCUCGUUUACUCGUGAUGGGAGGCGCUUGACAAUGUCAAGCAGCGGUCUUAUGAACGAUCGCCGGGACGAGAGUGAGCAUCCACAACCGUUACUUUUGAAUCCCUAUUUCUUGCCAAGUACGCUUGGAGGCAGCCUCGAUGAGGAGCACCGUAAGAAGCUAGUCAUUGUCAGCACUAUUGUCGACCCCAAGACGCCAAUCCAUAUUUACUCUGGAUCACUCUUCCCAGUGACCCCUCUAUCGCUACCACGCUGGCCUGUUGACAAUGCUUUGCGUACAAUGCGCGCUUUCUUCGCUAUCGGUCCCAUUUUGGUACCAGCUAUACCGCUGCCGGCAGACAAGGACAAUACAGAUACAAAGGCGGACGAGAAGGAUGCGGCGCCAAGUGUGCAGAUGCCCCUAGGUGGUGGGGAGGGGUCCAACACAUGGCGGUGGCUGCAGCCAACAAAACAAGAUGGGCAAGUACAUGAUGAGAUGGAGACAAAGUGGUCUGAAGUUGCUAUUAUGCCACUGGACAAAACACUUAAUGUUGAGGCGGCAAACAAGACUGAAAUGAUUGAAGGUUAUGUCGUUGUAAAGUCUGAUUUAAGAGGUUCGAAACUUAGAUAG